AUGAAGAUCAUCACAGAAGAAGAAAAAGUCAAUCAUAGAAAUCACAUUAUAAAAGAAGGUUUGAAAGGUUUGGCAAUUGGUGGUGCUGUAUCAGCAGGUAUUUUCUCGUUUUUCAAAUAUAGAAGACCAGCAAGAUUUGCAACUUUCAGUCCAAGUAUCAAAGCUGCUAUAUUUGCAAUGCCAACUAUUGCAUUUGGUGCAUUUUUUGCAGAUCAAGGUUCAUGGGAAUAUGAUAAAAUGAUGCAUCAAGCUGAAUAUCAUCAAUCAAUAACUCAGAAACAAGAGUUACAACUAGGUCAGUUAACUACAAAGGAAAGAAUAUUGCAUAAUUUAAAUGAACAUAAAUAUAAAUUAGUCAUUGGUGGUUGGUUAACUACUUUAGGAGUUGUUUGGAAAUUUAUUGAUCGUGAUCCACAUAUGACAAAGACUCAAAAGGCGGUGCAGGUGCGUGUCGUGGCUCAUUUUGUCACUUUAUUGCUUUUGAUUGGAACUAUUCUAUUGAACAUGAGAGAUGCUGAAAUUAAGAAAAAACUAGCUCCAGAAGUUCCACAUUGGAAAAGAGUAUUGGAAGAACAAGGUGAAACGAAGUAA